GUUCGCUGGCCGUUGUAAUUUUACAGCAAGCCCAAGGCGUCACGGCGUCACGGCGGCGCAGCGGGCGAGUUGGUGAGCUCUCCGCUCAAUCGACAGCUCAUCCGCCAUCUGGGAGACUGUGAAUGGCCCGGGCUUCGCACAAUUCUCGACUGUCAGGUUCACGAUCUCGCUCCCAUCUCGCUCCCUCCCGUUGACCAAGCUACCUGGGAAGCUCUAUCAAACCCUCUUCUUCCCGUAAAGUUUGUGGAGCAACCCAUAACCUGUUCCGUUCUCGCCCAUCCUUGUAUCUUAACACGCAUCCCACACACCAGCUCCCUUCAUCUUGAGAAGCUGUCGGGCCGUCAGUUGGACUCAUCCUCUCCCCUCCCUCUGCUCUCUCCCUGCGGCACCGUCUUUCAGGCCCAGGAUCACGCCCUUUCUACCGCAUUGAACCCACGUUACGCCCAGUGUUUGGUUCUCGCUCCCUUUUCCCAUACUCCAGCUUCAGGUGAAACGCUGUUUUGAAUAUAGCCCCGCCGAAUACCAAAUCUGGCUUUGGGUUGCUAAGGUAUCCGCCUUGGAUCUCAACCGAAAUUCUAAUACCUGCCCGUAACGAGCUCUGUCGUCUGGGAGCUGUGUGUCGAUCUAUUUCUGUGCAAGUCUUGUGGUGUCUUGUUCCCCCGCAGGUUCUCGCGGGGUUAGGUUCUCUCUCGCAACCGCCAUCAUGUUUGCAUGGGGAGGUGGCAUUGCGGUUCCGACCCUUACUGUCGACACUGAAAAGGAACGAGCUCCUCCUCCUCCUGCCACUCCGCUUGAUUUCCCAUCCUACGUUCCAGAUCUCGAGUCUUGGCCUGAAGACGGACCGACAUGUGACAAGCUUCACCAGUUGCUAUCCCGACUCAAGAAGCCACAAGACAUAUCAGCCGAAUUCCUCCAGGCCUUGAAUCUCAAAGUUGAACCAGACGUUGCUCCUGCCGAUCUGAUCGCCGGAGACACCCUCAAGUCUCUACCUCCGUUCCAAUGGCCGGAGAAAUCCGAGCAGUCCGAGACCUCGGCAAGCACCCCUGCUGCCGCCGCCAAAAAGCUAAUGAGCAAUGGCUUCCCCUUUCCCGACAAAGAAAAGUACGACUUGCUACGAGAAGAACUGCUCUUUGACAACGACGAUGCUUUUCGAACGCUCUCUCGGCUAUCUCCCUUGCCAGGGCGCCAGAAAAUACGUCUCACUCAUUCUCGCAAGUUUUGGACUGGUUUAGAACACAUAUCUCAGUACUGGGAUACAAGCUUAGACCAAUACAUUGAGCGUUCAGAGCCUGAGCCCGAGCCCGGGCCCGCCAACGUUGCGGAGACAUCCCACGACCAGACUCCAAUGAAAGACGAUGUGCCUAAAACCCCACCCGGGGAUAAAAUGGACAUUGAUAGUGGUAAUGUGGAUAAAGACGUGGACAUGACAAAGUCCGAAUCCCAGACAACGUAUAAGGGGCGACGUAUCGGUACCGGGAAAGAUAUGCCAGAGUCCAUGAGGGAGGACACAAUGCGCGGUUUUCUCGAAAUGAUCGCGUGGUCAUUUGGGUGCCAACCUUCGGUGCCAGUCCUACCGCCACGUCUCUUCGUAAAAGGUCUACUCUUUCCGGUACGCCAGAAUUUUACGAUAUCACGUGCCCCCCAGGAUAGACAGAUUGCAAGAAAAGGCAUCCUUGAAGGCCCAAUAUUGUUUGCCCAGUGUCGCGGUGAUACAGAGUUUCAUGGCCCGAAUGGUAAUCCCCAAAGCAGAUACGCUGAGAUCUGUGACCUUCUUCGGGAAACUGCGGCAAUGCUUCUGCUCGCACAAGAGAGAAGCAGAGAGGGAAAUACGGAAACUAAGCCUGGAGAUGGGAAGUGGUGGGCAACAGAGCCCAGAUGGGGUGGUGCCCCAAAUGAUGGGCCUGUUGGAGACCCAGAAAAUAAUCAAUCGGAAGAUAAGGAAAAAGGUUCCGCUCCGGAUGCAGACGCGGAGAAAAACGACAACAAACGGCCUAGACAUGAUCGUUACCCUCUUUCACUGCGCCGCGCGGGACUUGGCCAUUCCAAGAAGCGGAGCAUGAGCGAGCAAUGGAAAAUAGUCCAGCCCGGCCCGAGCCUAUGGGACAGGAAGAUGAGAUAUAUGCAAAUAGGAAAACCGAGGGAUAGUCCUUUCGACGAUGUCUUCAUGGUUUCGUCAAUCAAUCACCACUUCGCGAUACUACGCCUCCGCGUGCAUGCCAAUUAUAUAGAGUGGCUCAAAACCGGGAAAACGAACUUCCCAGUUGAAGAUGCUGAACAACCUUGGCAUAGAAUCGUAUUACGCCGGACUCGGUGGUUUGACUUCUUCAAUCCUGAAGACCGCGUGGCAGGUCUUGAUGCGCUGUGGACAAUCUUCUCGUACAUGAUGAGGCCCGAAAACUAGUGCAGUGCAUUGCGGUGGAUAUAAGCCGACAAAAUCCAUAUUCCUUCAGAGAGA